AACAAAGGGCAUCCGUACAAUUAAGAGAGAGAGAAAGAAAAAAGGAAAAUCCCAAUUUUCUCUUCAUCGUAGAAACAAGGCUCGAGUGAGAUUCAGAUUGAGAUUCAGAUUCGUCGAAAUUUUUAGUUUCAGUUUCACCAUAGUUGACCUCUUUUCAUCUUCUUCUUCAGCCCUAAUCCGUCUCGCCACCCUCCACUCCGCUUUCUCCCCUCAUUUCCAUUCCGAUGCUUCCUCCAUUAUCACUCACCUCAAAAAUGGUUAUCUCCCUCCUCCAUGGCGCCCUCUUCUCUUUCCUCUUUUAGUUUCCGUUUUCCCCAACCACUGAGAAGUGAGCACUGACAGUUCUUCAUUGCCGUCAAGAUCUUCAAUCUCUAUCCUCAUUUCUGCCUCUUAAUCUCUGGUGGUCUUCUAGCAGGCAAGUUUAUGAGCUGGUUGGAUCAUCACAGUGAAGUUCCAAGGGAAAUUCUUGAAUAGGUUUUUCAAACCCGACUUCGCUUACUGAGGAAACGAAGUAUUCCUUUAAAAGAAUGCAGAAUCAGGAAAAUCUUGAUGCAGAUGGCAAAGUGGAGUCUGUGAUAUCUAUUCAAACAUCAGAAUACGAUAGUUGGGGCAAUUUGGGUGAUGAAGAUAUCAUGCUGCAGAAAUCUGCCAUUUUUGUUCAGGAAGCUGAGAAAGUUCCAUUUGUUGGUGACAAGGAACCACUUUCUUCUUUAGAAGCUGAAUAUAAAUCUGGAAGUCCCAUUUUGCUGGAGAAAAUUAAGGUACUCAGUGGCCAAUAUGCUGCCAUUCGUCGAACACGUGGUGAUGGGAAUUGCUUUUUCCGCAGCUUCAUGUUUUCAUAUCUUGAACAUAUUUUAGAGUCGCAAGACAGAACUGAAGUUGAUCGCAUCAAAACAAAUGUGGAAAAUUGUAGAAAAACACUUCGAAGUCUGGGAUAUACAGAAUUUACUUUCGAAGAUUUUUUUGCGCUAUUCCUUGAGCAGCUGGAAAGUGCUCUUCAAGGAAAUGAAACUUCUAUAAGUCAUGAUGAACUUGUAAUUAGGAGUCGGGACCAGUCUAUUUCUGAUUAUGUUGUUAUGUUUUUCAGGUUUGUUACAUCAGGUGAAAUACAAAAGCGUUCAGAAUUUUUUGAGCCUUUUAUUAUGGGAUUAACAAAUGGAACUGUUGAUCAGUUCUGUAAGUCAGCAGUUGAACCAAUGGGUGAAGAGAGUGAUCAUGUACACAUAAUUGCCUUAUCUGAUGCUUUGGGUGUGCCGAUUCGUGUUCUGUACCUUGAUCGGAGCUCUUGUGAUUCUGGUGGCCUCAGUGUAAAUCACCAUGAUUUUGUUCCUGCUGCUAGUGAGGUCUCAAGUGAUAGUGCUGGCUCUGACAUUAAGAUCCCUUUCAUUACUUUGCUCUAUCGUCCCGGUCAUUAUGAUAUCCUUUAUCCAAAGUGAUGGCCAUUGGCAAACCCUGGUCGGGCUUUCAGAGAUGGACAGACAUGGAUCCAAGCUUCGACAAGAUAAAGGUUGGAUCUUCAUAAUUGAUGCUUGCUAGGAUGUUCUGUAUUGAUUUUAAUUACUGAUGAUGAGCUGUUUGAGUAAAAAAAAAAAAAGGAAAAAAGGGAAUUAUAUUCACCAGUUAACUGAAAUUUGAAAUAUACAUGUGAUCAGUCAUUGAGGUUUUCAGUCAUCGUACAUACUCAGAAUGUUUGAGAUAUAGUAUUUUCAAUUUCAAUAUAGGGGCUUUUACAUUUUAUGUCU